AUGGAAGAAUGAAAGUAUGAACUUUGUGACUGCGGAAGAAAUCCCUUCAUGUUCGUUUGAUCUCUUUGCGUGCCAUGUGGAUAUCAUUGUAUGCAAACAUGCAGUGCAAAACAUGCAGAACCUUUGAAUAAAACUGUGGCUCUCAGGGCGUUCUUAUGUGUUUCUUUCUUUGGCUGCCUCGGAGGAUCAAUAAACCGUCAUUUGCUUAGAAAAUCAAUGAAGAUAAAAGACAACGCAGUUUAUGAUUUUGUACAUUUGAUAAUUCCUUGCUGUGCUGCCACUCAAGAGUGGAUGCAAGUUAUGAAAACAAUGAAAGGGAAUGAGGAAACUUUGAUCACGCAGCUUAAAGCUAUUUAA